AUGCGCGUUCAGAAGUUUGAGGAGCCUCAUAAGCUGUAUCUGAACUUAAAGACCCCUAUUUGGCCUGUGUGGAGCAAUGAGGCGGGCAUCAAAGUCGAGGAUGCAGGAGAACAACCUCACCGUCCUGUAGAGGCUGUAGUGGAGCUCCUGGGCCAGAGAUGUGUGAGUGGAAAGAAGGAAAAGAAGAAGGGAGUUAAACUGACCAAGGCUGAUCUAGAGGGCCCCAGUGGAUUUCAACAUGUGACUCAUGUUGGAUGGGAUCCAAACACAGGAUUUGAUAUAAGAUUAUAUUGUUACUUGAAUUGCAACUCAAAGUUUACCAACAACCUGGACCCUGACCUGAAGAACUUGUUCUCCAGGGCUGGGAUCAGUGAAGACAAGCUGACCAACGUAAAGACCUCCAGACUCAUCUACGACUUAAUUGCACAGUCAGUCUGGAGGCUGUCAAAGCGGAGAUGA